CGCGGCGUGGCCAGGGCCCAUGCCCCGCUGCCGGCCCCCAUGAAGGACCCCUGCCCCAUCCCCGCCCAGCCCGGCAUCUGCAUGGUGGACCCCGAAGCGCUGCCGGCCGAGCAGACCCGUGCCGGGAAGAAGGAGCCCCCCGGCAAGGUGAAGAGGACCCCGUCCCGCGUGGGCUCAGCACCCACCGCCCCGAGGGCCGAGGCCCCCCGGCACCCUGCCUUGGCUCCCAAGGCCAGGGGUCCCAACAGCUCAGCCCGUGACACCGGGGACAAGGCCAAGCUGCCCCUCGGGGACAAGAAGGGCCCCUCCGGCGGGGACACCCGCACCCCAGGGACCACCCGCGGCGCUGGAUUUUUCCGGCGCAUCCGCUCCUUCUGCUACGUGGUCAGCGGUGACGACCACCUGAAGGAGGGCGUCCUGCGGUCCCUCCUCGACGCCCUGCUCGCUGGCAAGCACCAGUGGGGCACCAACAUCCAG